AUGGAAUUUGAGCACGACGGCCUUCUGAUCGGUGAUAUGCCGUCGCUGGCCAUAUCGAGCCCGAACCCCGAGACGAACCCCGAGGCGGUGAGCAUCAACACCUCCACGUUGAAUUUGUUGCCAUCUAUGAGCUCCUGGGUGAUGUUGAGGCCCAGCUGGGGUCGAUUCUCGGAGGCCAUGAGAUCAAGGCUACGAGGGAUGAAAAGGGAGCUGAUGGGAAGGAUGUUGUUGUUGACAAUUAGGGUUUCAAUCGGGGGCAGCAGUAUGGCAUUGGAGUCGGGAGGCGAGGAAGCAGAACGUGAUGGUGUCGGAGGCCGGUAUUGAUAAUGGAAAGGGUCACCAAAGAAGAUGGUGGUGAAGAAGAGAUAAGACUGAAAAAUAAUCGAGAAGAGUAUGCAACGUGGAUGAGAGUGAUAUGAUAAGACUGAAAAAUAAUCGUCAAGAGAAGGAAGACAAGAGAAUAUACAAAGCACAUGCCCAACUUUACACUAUUAUCAAGGUUGCUCGAGAUGUGGAUUUGAAGGAGUAGAUUAGAAAAGACAUAUAUUUUUAUCUUGUUGAUCGUGACAAAGUCCUUAGCUUUUGAUUCCAGAAGCAUCACCUUUUAACCAAUUCAAGGUAGAGUUAGUUGAAGUUUUGGUCUGAUAUUGAUAUUGACUCUCUCUGUGGAGGAAAUUCUUUCAUUAUUCUUGUUGGUUCAUUUUUUAAUCAUUCAUUUACUACGUUUUUCUUUAUCUUGUCAAUGUUUGUAUAUUUUGGUUAGGGAGUUUCAUAUUUUAGAAAUAGUGAUUUAAUGAACUUUUGGGUUUUUAUUAUCGAUUUAACGCUAUACAGUUAUCGGUUCAUUGUCUAAUAAUUAGGAAAGAGUAAAUCAUAUCGAGUGAUUGAUGAGGCAAAUCUAAUUUGCAUUUUUUGGGUUUGAAUGGACUUUGGAUAUUGUUUGUGCUUUGAAAAUUGUGGUUUUAUUUGUGGAAUUUGUUCUCAUCUACUUAUGAUUAGUUGAUUCGUUUGUGGGCAUGUUUUCUGUUGACUGGAGCCCACUGUUGUGAGUCUGUGUUAUACGCUGUGAAAUGUAGAUUGGGGAUGUUCUUAUUGCCUAACCAAGGCAGUAGUAUGAUAUUUCAGUAUUCAAUUAUAUUUCUACCUAGUAUAUGUUCGUAGUGGUUUAUUUUAUGAGUUCUAAUCUUGAUUUCAUUAUCCAAUGCAUUUGGAUAUUUGUGUUAC